AUGGAGUGGGCGCACACGUGUGUUCUAGAGGUGUGGAAGAGUGACCCGACACCGUCGCCUUCGCCAUCACCCUCGCCACCGCCACCGUCGACGCGGCUCAUCGAGGAGCCCAGUCCGGAACCGGAACAGCCGCCCAGCGAACCGUCGCCGAUACCUUCGCCUCCGACGAUGCGCACACCGUCGCCAGAGCCAACGAAGGAGCCGAGCCCUUCUCCAAGUCCAGUGCCGAGCCCUGAACCUCCGUGUGAGCUGACUCCUCCUUCCACUCCUACACCACCGCCUCGGGAACCAUCACCAGAGCCUGAACCAGAACCGGAACCGGAGCCCGAGCCAGAGCCUGAACCAGAGCCCGAGCCUGAGCCUGAGCCGGAACCGGAGCCAGAACCCAAACCUCCUCCGCCACCGGUAUGUUUCUAG